AUGGCUCCUCCAAAUAGAGCCGACAAUUGGAUCGAUGGUCUUCGGGGUGUUGCCGCCUUGACAGUUGUGACUUAUCACAUCUGCUCAUGCUUUGCAGACUGGCUGAAUUCCCCAGCAACAGAGAAUGGAGAUGUCUAUCUCAUUCAAUACCCAUUCUUUCGGCUGGUUGCUUCUGGACGAUCUGCGGUCGCACUCUUCUUCAUUCUCACCGGCUAUGUGAAUUCAUUCCAUUCACUUAAACAAAUUCGCAAUGGGGAUCAAUCCCUAGUCCUGGCCAAGUUAUCGAAGAAUACUAUCAUUCGAGCUGGGAAGCUCAUCGUACCGACCAACACCGCGAUCUGCCUCACAUGGCUUGUUUGUCAGCUACGCGGAUACGCGAUCGCAAACUAUGCGGGCUCAACCUGGAUCAGGGUAGUUUCGCCUCCUCCGGGUCCUACUUUUGGUGCUGCAAUCAAAAGCCUCGGUCGCAACCUCUUCAUGUUUUGGCAUGAGGGUGACUCACAGUAUGAUCGGACAUAUUGGACAAUCCCAUACUUCCUGAAGGGAUCCCUGUUGGUCUAUCUGACUCUGCUUGCAACAACAUACAUGCGCCCUAGAUUCUCAAAGCUGCUUAUUGUGUUCCUGUUUUGUUUCGCUUGGUCGGGGAGACAAGCCCUGAUGGAGAUUAACAUCUAUGCGGGGAUGUUUCUUGCCGAGUUGAACGCUGACCACGGGCCCAAAGCUACUUCCCUUAUACCAUGGCCCAUCUCGACACUCAUGAUGGUGACCGGUCUAUACCUCUCCUCGUUUCCGGAAGAACAUGCAGAAUGGAUGCCCUGGAGCUUGAAGCUGAACAACAUGGCUGGAUACUUCCUUCCCGAGCACGCUGAAGUAAACCGGUACAUAACAUCCUGCGGUGCCAUUCUAUUCGUCUUCGGCGUGUUCUUCUCCCGGGGAGGUCGCCGAGUACUCGCAUUUCCUUUUUUGAGCUUCAUUGGCCGCAUCUCGUUCCCGAUCUAUCUCCUGCAUAAUACUUUGAUCCGCACAGUCCUAUCUUGGAUGAUUUAUCGGCAAUCUAUUACUGAGAAGGGCCUUUACCCGGUGGAUCAGGAAGACAAGCCGGUAUUGUAUGAGGCGGGUGGGGAUGUAGGAUUUGCAUUUGCAAUGCCCAUAUUUUAUGCCAUCUUGGUCGUUGUUGCAUAUUUAUGGACAGUUUACGUGGAUCCUCCGUGCGGGAAAUUUGUCUCUUGGGCGGGAAAACAAGUCUUCGGGGAGGACGAAGAGUUACAGAGUAUCAGAGACAGGGCUUUGGAUGGGAUCCUCCAGACCUGA